GAGAGGACCGCGGGACACACUGGGAGCAGGGAUGAGCGGCCGUCUGGAGCGGUGGAGACUAGGAAGAAGCCAGGGAGAGUUUGGGUGGGAGGACUCCCAACCCAAGCGGGAGCGGGGCGGGGCUGUGCUCCAACCAGAAAGACGGUGGUCCCUCCGAGCGACCCCCGCGGAGAGAGAGGGCGACCUCCGGGGCGGGGGCGGGGCGGGCUGUGGCAGGAGAGGGGAGGGCGGGGGUGAUGCUGCGGUGGAGGCGGCUUGGAGCCCAGCCACUGACCGCCCCCUCCCUUCCCAUCCCCUCCCCCUCUCCCCGCCUUUCUCCGGCUCCGGGUCCACCACGCCGGACCCGCUCUCCCCGCGCUGCGCUGGGUCGGACGCCAGGUCUGCGCUCCGCGGCUGAGCGCCCACUCGCCCUGCAGAAAGAGCGGUGGAGGAACCGGCGGGGGCGGCGGCGGGAGCCGAAGGAGGUGGCAGUCGGGAGCAGAACCAGAAGGAGACAGGGAGGCAGAAGCUCGCGGCUCCGAGGCGCGCACUCCCUCGGCCAGGGAUGGGUCCCGGCGCGGCCCAGCCCCUGCCCGGCCCUCCGGGCAAAGACUGAACCGAAGAUCCCCGCUGUCCUGUGGACGACGGAACAGAGAGAGAGGCACUGACCGAUCGCCAGUGCCCUCCCGGCGGGACCGCGGCUCUCACACACCCGGCGCAGCGCCCCCCGCCAGAACCACGCCGGGCAGGCCGGCGAGGGAGCUGGACUGAUUGGCGGCCGCCGGCGGCCAGGGGAGGGGGCGCCGCGCGGGGCCAUGGCAGGCUCGGAGGCGUCCUAGCUGGAGCCGGAGCCUAUCCGAGCCCACGCGGCCGCCGCCUCUCCGCUCCCGGGCCCCCGCCGCCGCCGCGCUCCCCGCGGGAGAUGGAACAGCGGAACCGGCUCGGUGCCCUCGGAUACCUGCCGCCUCUGCUGCUGCAUGCCCUGCUGCUCUUCCUGGCCGACGCUACAUUCACAGAAGUCCCCAAAGAUGUGACAGUACGGGAGGGAGACGACAUCGAAAUGCCCUGCGCGUUCCGGGCCAGCGGAGCCACCUCAUAUUCGCUGGAGAUUCAGUGGUGGUACCUCAAGGAGCCACCCCGGGAGCUGCUGCACGAGCUGGCGCUCAGCGUGCCCGGCGCCCGGAGCAAGGUAACAAAUAAGGAUGCAACUAAAAUCAGCACCGUGCGCGUCCAGGGCAAUGACAUCUCACACCGGCUUCGGCUGUCUGCCGUGCGGCUGCAGGACGAGGGCGUGUACGAGUGCCGCGUGUCGGACUACAGCGACGACGACACGCAGGAGCACAAGGCCCAGGCGCUGCUGCGCGUGCUCUCGCGCUUCGCGCCACCCAACAUGCAGGCCGCAGAGGCCGUGUCCCACAUCCAGAGCAGUGGCCCGCGUCGCCACGGCUCAGCCAGCGCCAACAACGCGGGCGCCGCGGGCCGCACCACCUCGGAGCCCGGCCGCGGAGACAAGACCCCGCCACCCGGGAGCCCUCCCGCCGCCGCCGCUGGUCCCUCAGUCCCCGAGGCCACGGCAGCCUCCGCGGCCCACACGGCCACCACCACCAUCGCGGCAGCUGCUGCUGCUGCUUCGUCAGCGCCGCCGCCAUCGGGACAGGCAGUUCUGCUGCGCCAGAGGCACGGCUCAGGCACUGGCCGUAGCUACACCACAGACCCGCUCUUGUCCCUGCUUCUGUUAGCUCUGCAUAAGUUCCUGCGCCUGCUGGAGGGACACUGACAGACAUGGCCAACCUGAGCAUCUCAGAGGCCACACACGACCUGCCAGGGGGCCCUCGGUGAGGACCCAGUCGCUGAAUGGACACAGAGAGACUGAGAGACGCAUGAAAAUGUCCACAUGGAAAAUAAAUAAAUCAUAUUUUUGGGGAAGUUACACAAAUGUAGAACACCUAAAAUAAUGCAUCUAGUUUCCAAAUAAUUUGGAGUUUGGACCAUGCUUCAUGGGAAUCAAUGAUUUAUCUACUUCAAUGUAGUUUUCUUUUCUACGCCUUUCCUCCAAGUCUUCAUUUUGCACGAACUGUUGAGCAGUUAUCUUUAGGAUAAUAUGUACAAAUGUUGGGGUCAAAGCCUUUCUGACAAAGCGAGAUAUUUUUAGUAGAUUAUUGUGUUUAGGAUUUUUUUUAAUUUACUUUUUUUCUUUGGGGGCUUUUCUUUUUUAUUAAAUUAUUUCUUUUGAGGCAUUUUGAUUAAAAAAAGACACAUCUUAUCAUAAUUAAAAUUCACUGUCAAUAAUAUUUAUUUUUAAAUAAAGAUUGGAAACAAGUUCAGACACUUGUUUAUAAACUGUAUUGUAUAUUGCUGAAGAACAGUUGAAUAAAAAACAACUUUGAAAUAA